CCAUCCAUUUUCAUCCUCUUGUCUGUUACCGGGUUGCGGGGGGCAGCAGUCUCCACCCAACUCACACUGCACCGUACCACCCCCCAUGUACCUUCCUGAGGGUGGUGAGUCCACUGGAAAGGAGCGCAUAUAGAGACAAGCAAUCAUUCCCGAUUAUUCACACCUAUGGUCAGUUUACAGUGUCCGAUCAACCUAAUAAUGGGCAAGUUUUUUUUGUUGUCUCUGAUGAUGAUGUGUGUGUGAGUGUGUGUGUCAUCACUUGUCAUCACUAUAUUUCUGGUGCAUUGGCAUUAUGGAAUAAGAGCUGGCGCGGUUAAAUAUUUGAUAAAGCUUCCCUCCUGUGUGGCUGCUCUCAUAUUUCGACGCCGCCGACAGAAAAACUGUUGUUCUGCACUGCAACUCUUUUCAGGCUUGUAAAUCAAGGCGAGGCUUUGUCAUUGGCAUUUAUUGACCCUGCAACAUGUUCCCACUGUUUCAUUAAUUUUAAAUGACGCUUUGUUCGCUUUACACUCGCGCGCGCGGAGAGCCAUGCUUUACUUCUUGCUUUCACAUUUCACCGUGACUCUGGGCCACUCUCAUCCUAAUAGUAGUAGUGGUAGUAUUGUUGUGUAUUUUUCACGCACAGAGUGAGAGGUCUGUCUGUCUGUCUCCCUGCCCCUCUGCUGUGGCAAUCAGCUGUGAUCACACUCACCUGUGUCUCUGUCAUUAGUCUCACUGGUGUCACCUGGUGCCCUGGGUAUAUUAUACCUCUCUCUCCCUCCCUCACUCACUCCUUGUUGGGCCAAUGUGUUUGUGGUGUGUCCAUGGUCAUCCUGACUGUGUGAUGUCUGGCUCUUCAUUACUUUGUUCCCUGUUCCUGAUACACACCACCAAGUCGGCAUCACUGAAACGUAACGUGUCUUUCGACCAUGAAUACCCGAUGCACUGCUAGGGCGCGCGGCGAGCAGUGUGUGGAGACGGCGCCAUGCUCAGCGAACCUCAGAGAAGCCGUCGUUACGAUGAAUGGGGGGGAAAAAAUCAGAUGAGGCGCCCUCUGGCUCGCACCUGUGGGAGGUGAGAGGGAAGGUGGUGGUUUCUUUCCAGGACAAAUUCCUUAUUCAUGGCCUCCGUUCCUGGUAGUUCUGAAGAGGUGCUGUUCUUCUGUCCAACAAGACCUGCUGCUGGUAGAAAGAAGAAGAAAAAAAAAUCAUCAGCGACGUUGACACUUUUGACCAAACUGCAUCUGGACGGAACGAAAAUGAAAUGAAAAAGGAUGAUUUGUCAUUGAAAUUUCCAGACUCCUCUGAUGGAUAUUUUUAAUUGAUGGCAAACGAUCUGAGGCCAAACUGGUUGUGAAGGUGCUCGAUUUCUUCCCUCCUGCCCCCCAAGCUGGACACAGCAUGGCGGCGGGAGUAGCUGCGUGGCUUCCCUUUGCUAGGGCAGCAGCUAUUGGCUGGAUGCCUGUAGCCACCCUGCCAAUGCCAGUUGCGCCGGCAGAGAAGAGCAAACGCCAGGACGAGCUGAUCAUCCUUAACGUGAGCGGACGGCGAUUCCAAACCUGGAAAAACACACUCGAUCGAUACCCGGACACCUUGUUAGGAAGCUCUGAAAAGGAGUUCUUCUACAACGAAGAGACCAAAGAGUACUUCUUUGACCGGGACCCCGAUUUGUUUCGAAGUGUGCUCAACUUCUACCGCACUGGGAAACUCCAUUACCCCCGCUACGAAUGCAUCUCCUCCUACGACGAGGAGCUGGCCUUCUUUGGAAUUAUUCCAGAGAUUAUCGGUGACUGCUGUUAUGAAGAGUACAAAGACAGGAAGAGAGAGAAUGCUGAGCGUCUGAUGGACGAUCAGGAGGACAAUAAGGAUGCUAAACUGCCCAACAUGACCUUCAGGGAGACCAUGUGGCGAGCCUUCGAGAACCCCCACACCUCCACUAUGGCUCUGGUUUUCUACUAUGUCACGGGGUUCUUCAUUGCUAUUUCUGUUAUCACCAAUGUGGUGGAAACAGUCCCCUGUGGCUCUUCACCAAAUCAGAAGGACGUCCCCUGUGGUGAGCGCUACACUGUAGCCUUCUUCUGCAUGGACACGGCCUGCGUCAUGAUUUUCACCGUGGAGUAUCUGAUGCGUCUUUUUGCGGCUCCGAGCCGCUAUCGCUUCAUGAGGUCAGUGAUGAGCAUCAUUGACGUGGUGGCCAUAUUGCCCUACUACAUCGGCCUGGUGAUGACUGACAAUGAAGACGUGAGCGGGGCCUUCGUCACCCUUCGGGUUUUUCGCGUUUUCAGAAUUUUCAAGUUCUCGCGCCACUCGCAGGGUCUGCGUAUCUUGGGCUACACAUUGAAAAGCUGUGCUUCUGAGCUGGGCUUCCUGCUCUUUUCUCUCACCAUGGCCAUCAUCAUCUUCGCCACUGUCAUGUUCUAUGCUGAGAAAGGGUCCACCUCCAGCAAGUUCACCAGCAUCCCAGCCUCCUUCUGGUACACCAUUGUUACCAUGACAACACUAGGAUAUGGAGACAUGGUACCCAAGACGAUUGCUGGAAAGAUCUUCGGCUCCAUCUGUUCUCUAAGUGGCGUUCUGGUAAUUGCUCUGCCCGUCCCCGUCAUCGUGUCCAACUUCAGUCGUAUCUAUCAUCAGAAUCAGAGAGCAGACAAGCGACGGGCGCAGAAAAUGCAGAAAGCUCGUCUGGCCAGAAUAAGACUGUCCAAGAAAGGGAGCUGCACAGCCUAUCUUCACAGCAAGCGCAAUGGCCUUCUCAAUGAAGUUCUGGAGCUGACGAACCUUCAAUACAAGCUCAACCUUUCGGAUCAGGGUUCUACUGAGGAUGAGCAGCAUUUAAAUAAAUCCACGUCUCUGCUGGCGAAUCAGCAUCAUCACCUGCUGCACUGUCUGGAAAAAACAACCAACCACGAGUUUGUGGACGAACAGUAUUACCAACAGAGCUACCUGGAGACAGCGCUUCAGAAUUACCCCUCUAGAAGCCCCUCCCUCUCCAGCCACGAGGGCAUGACAGGAACCUGCUGCACACGACCGAGCAAGAAGCAUCGACACACACCAUUACCCAACUCCAGUACCACCACACACAUGAAGCCCCUGGCGCACAGUCAUCAAGGAGGUUUGCAGGAACUAAGCACCAUCCACAUUCAGCCGCUCAGUUCCAGUCGCUGCAGUUUAAACCUGUGCGUGGACGAGGCCAUGGCUCUGAACUGUCAGAGUGGUCAGAUAACCACCGCCAUCAUCACCAUGCCCACACCUCCACUCACCACACCUGAGGCCGACGCCCCACUGCCUGCAGGUCACGCACACCAACAGAACGUGGUCAAGGUGUCGGCACUGUAGAGACAAACACAAAAUGGGGGAAGAAGAAUUUUUGAAAGAAAAAUUAAACUGAGGCAAAGGAUGCGCUUGUGGCGAUGCCCCCUGCUGUUCACAGACUGUAACCACACGGAAUCCUGUGAGAAGGAUGACAACGUUUUGGUCUUCAGACGUAGUUCGUUAGUGUUUGUGUACACAGGGCCGGCCCAAUCAGAAUUUAGCUUUGGGUCACCAACCAUCACCACCUCAGCUGCAGAUGUACGAUCAUUUCAUGGUGCAUGUACGUUACCGUUUGCGUUAUCUGUAGAUGGCUUAUAUCAAACCAGAGUCAUUCUGGGCUUUGUUUUUAACUUUACAACGUUGAAACAUUUACAACAAAAAAAAGUGUAUGUAUACGUACGGUAAAGUAAUUAUUUAUAAAGUAUCUGCAAUCUCUCACUAUAAAAUAAGCUAAAUAACAUACACAUUGUCUUCUUACAAUAAUAGAAAUUGUAAAAAAAAAAAAAUUAUAUACAGCAAACAAACAUAAAAUACUUAAAUAAUGGCACAGGAUGAGCAGAGAAAUCAGUGAGAUUUUACAAAUCGAUUUUUUUUUUUUUUUUGAAAAUAUGAACCGUGACCUAAAACAACCCCGGCGACAU